CAAUCACCGGCCGCCCCUUCACCACUUCCCGCAGGGACAUAUAACCCGCGCCUCAUCUGCAAGCCUGUGGUGGACACAGGCAGUGCUAGCUCGCUCGAUCGAUCGUCCUCUCAACCACCAUGGCCUCCACCGCGCUCUCCACCGCCUCCAACCCCACCCAGCUCUGCCGGACCCGCGCGAGCGCGCUGUGCAAGCCCGUCAAGGGCCUGGGCUUCGGCCGGGAGCGCAUCCCGAGGAACAUCACCUGCAUGGCCGGCAGCAUCUCCGCGGACCGCGUGCCGGACAUGAGCAAGAGGGAGCUGAUGAACCUGCUCCUGCUGGGCGCCAUCUCGCUCCCCACCUUCGGCAUGCUCGUCCCCUACGGCUCCUUCCUCGUCCCGGCCGGCUCCGGGAGCAACGCCGGAGGCGUCGCCGCCAAGGACAAGCUCGGCAACGACAUCCUCGUCGAGGACUGGCUCAAGACGCACGGCCCCAACGACCGCACGCUCGCCCAGGGGCUCAAGGGUGAUCCUACCUACCUUGUGGUUGAGUCCGACAAGACCCUCGCCACCUACGGGAUCAACGCCGUGUGCACGCAUCUUGGAUGCGUCGUGCCGUGGAACGCCGCCGAGAACAAGUUCCUCUGCCCCUGCCAUGGAUCCCAGUACAACAACCAGGGCAAGGUCGUCCGUGGGCCUGCACCUCUGUCGCUGGCCCUGGUUCACGCGGACGUUGACGACGGCAAGGUCGUCUUCGUGCCGUGGGUGGAGACCGACUUCAGGACCGGCGACAACCCGUGGUGGAAAUAAGCGACGCAAGCUCCGGCAGCAAUGCUCACUUGUGUGAUAUGUUAAGCCUCCUGCCAGUCCUAAGAACGCUGCUAUAAGACUACUCCUGCUAUAAAUGCACCUGUUUCUUGUAUCCAGUUAUAUGUAUACAGUCUAUGGAAGGAGAAACCUUUUUCAUUGCAUAUAUAGUAGUAUCACAUUUUGAGGGCUCUGAA